AUGUAUUACUCUCUAACAAAGGAAUAAAGAGCUAUCCGUAAGAAGGAGAAAAAGGUAAAUCAAGUCAACUGCCCAUAAUGUCCAGCAUCUCUUUAAGGACUUUUAAAGUCUAAGGCAUUUUGUAUUUUUUGUUUAAAUUAUGUCUGCAAAUCGCAUAUUGUAAAAUAAAGAAAAGAUCCCUUAGAUGAUGAUAAAAUUGGCAAAAUCUGUAGAGAAUGCGAAGAUUAAAUUCUAUAUACAAAAAUUACUUCAAAGCAUGAAAAAAAAGAAUAAGAACUAUAAGUUUAGUAUAAAGAAUUAUAAGGUACUUUGGAAUCUGUUAAUGGCUAAUUUUAAGAUCUAUUAUCUUAAGAGUAAACAAUCAAAUACUAAAUUGAAAAAGCUUAGAAAGAAUUUGAAAAGAGAGAACAAUAAAUUAAAUUAAAUAUUAAAGAAGCAGAAAAUAGAUAGGAAUAAUGCAAUCAAGAGAGUUUGAAAUUAAGUGAAUAAUAUCGUAGGCUAGUGGAGGAAAAAUAGAGAAAAGAGAAGGAAAAAUAAGUUUUAGAAAAAGAACAAGAAAAUCUUUAAAAUAAAGAACAAAAACUAUAAAUUGAAAAGUAGUAAAUUCAAGAUCAAAUUGAUAUUAUGAAUGAGAAUAUUAGCAAGCUUAAUCAAGAAAUUGCCUCAAUUACUAAUGAUUAAAAAGGAUAAGAUAAAGGAAAAAAAAAUAUAUUUAGUGCAUACGGUUAAACGACAAGUAGCCUUGGCACUAUAAUUAUGUCUUCUGAGAUCUCCGCAAGACCUAGUAACAAAAAAGAAAUACGAGAUCAACCAGAUAGAGAAGAUGGAUUUUGCUGCAUGAAGGUACUUCCUAGUGGUUCUAAGAAGAAGAAAAAGGCAUGA